GGUAACCCGAACAGACUUAGUGUUAGGGCUCGCUUAGGGCAACCGGCGCCAAGAGCGAAAGCCGCACCACAACGAGCGACUCUCGCGAUCUCAAGUUCCAGCGGCCGACGAAAGAAAAGCGACAAACUUCUCACCCGACAUCAGGACCACCCGCUCGGCAACCACUUCAAGAUGGUCCGUUACGCUGCUCAGGACAUUUCGGCCGCAAAGAGCGCCCGCGCUCGGGGCUCUUACCUGCGUGUCAGCUUCAAGAACACCCGUGAGACCGCCCAGGCCAUCAACGGCAUGAAGCUCCAGCGCGCCCUUACCUUCCUCGACAACGUUACCAACAAGGCCGAGGCCGUCCCAUUCCGCAGGUUCGCUGGCAGCACCGGUCGCUGCGCUCAGGGCAAGCAGUGGGGUGUUUCCAAGGCCCGCUGGCCCGUCAAGUCCGCUCAGUUCCUCAUCGACCUCCUGAAGAACGCUGAGGCCAACGCCGACACCAAGGGUCUCGACACCGGCAACCUCGUUGUUAAGCACAUCCAGGUCAACCAGGCUCCUAAGGGACGCAGACGCACCUACCGUGCCCACGGUCGUAUCAACCCUUACAUGACCAACCCCUGCCACAUCGAGCUGAUCCUUACUGAGGCCGAGGAGGUCGUUCAGAAGGCCGUUGCCAAGCAGGAUGCCCAUCUUAGCUCCAGGCAGCGUGGUGCUCAGAUUCGCCGUGCCAUCACUGAGGCAUAAGCGGUCUGUGGGUGUCGGGGAGCGAGUGAAUUUGUGGUAAAUGAAUGGGAAUAGCCGGAGUUUUUCUGUUGUACGGAACCAAUACCUGGUCACGGAAGAAAAUAUAAAAGAGAUUAUUUUUCAACGGCCACAAAAAUCAAUCAAAAUCUAUGGGCUAGAGCAAUGGAAUUCGGCCCUUUCUUAAUUUCUUUCCUAACAUAAGAGGCAUGAGCAAAAGUUCAAACACAGAAAUAUCACCAGAUUCUCUUCAUCCCAUCUGCUAACUUGUCG